CCCCGCACGGCCGGCGGCAGCGGUUGGCGGCGGCCCCGGGUCCCCGGCGCGGGAAGCGGCGGCGGCGGGGAGGCGAGGACCGCGCCAUGGAGCCCGGGGAGGUGAAGGAUCGGAUCCUGGAGAACAUCUCGCAGUCGGUGAAGAAGUUGCAGAGCUACUUCGCUGCCUGUGAGGAUGAAACCCCAGCCAUCCGGAACCACGACAAGGUCUUGCAGCGUCUGUGUGAGCACCUAGACCAUGCCCUGCUGUAUGGGCUGCAAGACCUCUCAUCUGGCUACUGGGUGCUCGUGGUGCAUUUCACCCGGAAAGAGGCCAUCAAACAGAUCGAGGUGCUGCAGCACGUGUCCACCAACCUGGGGCGCAGCCGGGCCUGGCUCUACCUGGCCCUCAACGAGAACUCUCUGGAGAGCUACCUGCGGCUGUUUCAGGAGAACCUGGCUCUGCUGCAUAAGUACUAUGUCAAGAACGCCCUGGUCUGCAGCCACGAUCACCUGACCCUCUUCCUGACCUUGGUCUCUGGGCUGGAGUUUAUUCGAUUCGAUCUGGACCUGGAUGCCCCUUACUUAGACUUGGCCCCCUACAUGCCUGACUACUAUAAACCUCAGUACCUGUUGGACUUUGAAGAUCGCCUUCCCAGCUCUGUCCAUGGCUCAGACAGCUUAUCUCUCAACUCUUUCAAUUCAGUCACUUCCACCAACCUGGAGUGGGACGACAGUGCAAUUGCCCCAUCUAGCGAGGAUUAUGAUUUUGGAGAUGUGUUUCCAGCAGUGCCGUCUGUACCCAGCACAGACUGGGAAGAUGGAGACCUCACAGACACUGUCAGCGGUCCCCGCUCUACUGCCUCGGACCUGGCCAGCAGCAAGGCCUCCAACAAGAGCCCCACCCAACGCCACAACCCCUUCAAUGAGUACCAGGCAGACGGGGUGUCCUCCUCGGACACCACCCCUGUGCACACUGCUGCUCGGGAUAAGGCAGAGCCCCACACCUCGAACCUGCCUGAUGCCUGCGCUGAGCUUGAAGUCAUCAGGGUCACCAAGAAGAAGAAGACUGGCAAGAAGAAGAAGACCAGAGCAGAUGAGGAAACCAACCCACUUCACCCCUCUGCUAGCCAACACACUGGAGCCAGGCAGCAGGGAAGCCCAGGCACGGGGCAGGCCUCUCCAGACCCUCCCUGUGCUGCCCCCCAGGAGGAAGUGCCGGGGCCCAGCCACAGGAUUGAGAGCAGUGAGUGCUUGGAGCCCCGCCAGAUGGGCCUGCUCAUCCCUGCCAUGAAGGACACCUCCAUGGAGUGCUUGGGGCAGCCCCUGAGUAAGGUCAUCGAACAGCUCAACGGGCAGCUGGACCCCAGCAACUGGAGCACCCAAGUUGAACCUCCAGACCAGUCCUUUCGGACCGGCUCUCCCGGGGAUGCCCCGGAGAGGCCGCCAUCUUGCGACUUUAGUGAGGGGCUUCCAGCCCCGAUGGACUUCUACCGCUUUACCGUCGAGAGUCCAGGCACUGUUGCAUCAGGUGGCGGCCACCAUGACCCUGCAGGGUCUGGCCAACCGCCACAUGUUCCUGGUAGCCCUGCGACUGCUGGCCAAGAGGAAGAGGGAGGAGGAGGAGAAGCACAACCGCAGCCUUCGCCCCUAGACAGCACCUCAGAGGAGGCCUCCGGGCCAGAGACCCAGGAACUGGACACCUCAGUGGCCCUAGUCAGGGAGGGGCCCGUGCUGGACUUGGAACCUGACUCCCAGGAAACACUUAGCCAGCUCAAGGGAGAGCAGCCUAGCCCCUCUCUGAGUAGUGCUGAGGACUCAGGGGUAGAUGAGGGCCAGGGGAGCCCCUCAGAAGCCACCCACACGGCAGAGUUCAGGGUAGACAACAAUCAUUUACUCCUGCUAAUGAUCCACGUGUUUCGGGAAAACGAAGAACAACUCUUCAAAAUGAUCCGAAUGAGUACCGGGCACAUGGAAGGCAACCUGCAGCUGCUGUACGUGCUGCUCACCGACUGCUACAUCUACUUGCUCCGGAAAGGGGCCACAGAGAAGCCCUAUCUGGUGGAAGAGGCCAUCUCUUACAAUGAACUGGAUUAUGUGUCGGUGGGCCUGGACCAGCAGACAGUGAGACUGGUGUGCACUAACCGCAGGAAGCAGUUUCUGCUGGACACGGCUGAUGUGAGCCUGGCUGAGUUCUUCUUGGCAUCUCUUAAGUCAGCCAUGAUCAAAGGCUGCCGGGAACCGCCCUACCCCAGCAUCCUGACAGAUGCCACCAUGGAGAAGCUGGCACUGGCCAAGUUUGUAGCCCAGGAAUCUAAGUGUGAGGCGACUGCCGUCACCGUAUGCUUCUACGGGCUGGUGCACUGGGAAGACCCCACGGAUGAGACUGUGGGCCCAGCCCCCUGCCAGUGUAUGGCCCCCGAAGGUGGUAUUACCAAGGAAGGUAUGCUGCACUACAAGGCAGGCACCUCCUACCUGGGCAAGGAGCACUGGAAACCCUGCUUCGUGGUACUCAGCAAUGGGAUCCUCUACCAGUACCCCGACCGCACCGAUGUGACCCCGCUGCUCUCAGUGAACAUGGGGGGGGAGCAGUGCGGUGGCUGUCGGAGAUCCAACACCACGGACCGGCCCCACGCCUUCCAGGUCAUCCUUGCUGACCGGCCGUGCCUGGAGCUGAGCGCCGGCAGCGAGGCCGAGAUGGCCGACUGGAUGCAGCACCUGUGCCAGGCCGUGUCUAAAGGGGUCAUUCCCCAGGGCGUGGCCCCCAGCCCCUGCAUCCCCUGCUGCCUGGUGGUCACCGCUGACCGCCUCUUCACGUGCCAUGAGGACUGCCAGACCAGCUUCUUCCGCUCACUGGGCACAGCCAAGCUUGCGGACAUCAGCGCUGUCUCUGCUGAUCCGGGCAGGGAGUACUGCGUUUUGGACUUCUCCCAGGACAGCCAGCAGCCCCCGCCUUCCUGGGUCCUCUACCUGAGCUGCACAGCCGAGCUGGACAGAUUCCUGUCCACAUUGAAUGCAGGCUGGAAAACCAUCUAUCAGGUGGACCUGCCCCACAAGGCUCUGCAGGAGGCCUCCCACAAGAAGUUCGAGGACGCCCUGAGCCUCAUCCACAGCACCUGGCAGCGGAGUGACAGCCUGUGCCGGGGCAGAGCCUCCCGAGAUCCCUGGUGCUGAGGCCGAGCCACCCACGCAGACGCCUCUGUGGCAUCCAAGUGUGGCAGGAAAGAUCCUUGGAGCAUCCAGACCCGUCAUCACGGUGUCACUGUGCUGCUCGGGGACAGGCCACCAUCCCACUGGACGCCCCACACUCCUGUCUCAUCAAGGGGGCUCGAGCCAGAGUCUAGGGAUCCGAUGGGGGAGCUCAGCAGCCACAGGUGUGCAGGGAAAAGAUGGUCUGAACCCUAUGGGUUCUGCUGGUGUCCAGCUUUGUCUGGGGGCAUCAGCGACUGCAGGAGGCAAGAAGAGUGAUGCCAACAUCGUGGAGGCAUGGGUUGGCAGGGCAUGAUCUCCCUCCUCCACUCCUGGGUCAGUGACCCACAGAGGGAGCGCUCCAGUAGAGGUCGCCUGGGCCUGGGUCAUUCUUCCGCAUAGGAUAUGACCAGCCAUGCAGGGAGCCGGGACACCUGCAGUCUCGUGCAUGAUUCUCACUGACUCCCCGUGCAUGCUGCUGCCCACCUGGCCAGGGCUAGGGAGGCCUGCAUGUCACUGCCCCCUGUCUCUGCCUCUCCCUAUCUGAUACCCGGCUGUGCCUAUCUGACCCAGGAAUCAGGGAGCAAAAGAGAGGGAAAGGGCUUGGAGAGGAGCAGAGACCAGAAGCCGGGGGUGGGGGGAACACCUGGUAGCCCCUCACUGUCCCCUGCCUGGCAGGGGGUGGACCCAGGAGGAUUUUUGUCAAAAAGCCCUAUGGAGGGGCCAGGUGGUCCAAGUUGUUUUUUUUUUU